CUAAUGCAUAUAAUGAAGACGACGACAAGAUCGGACAAACACUGGUGGUUAGCGGUGGCGCCGUGUGUCUCCUCCAGCUGAUAUCCACCCAAAAAGCAAACAAUUCGAUCAUCAAUUCCAAUUCCAAUCUCAUUUCAGAUCUUCGAUUCAAAAAUCAAACAGAUCAAUGGCGUCUUCCACAGAUUCAUGGAUCAGGGAAUAUAAUGAAGCGUUAAAACUUGCUGAUGAUAUCACUGGCAUGCUAUCUGAAAGGAGUUCAUUGCCUGCACCAGGGCCGGAAGCACAGCGUCAUUCAUCUGCCAUACGGAGAAAAAUUACAAUACUAGGAACUAGACUUGAUAGCUUACAGUCACUUGUGUCAAAGCUUCCUGGCAAACAGCCUCUGACAGAGAAAGAGAUGAACCGUCGGAAGGACAUGCUUUCAAAUCUAAGAUCAAAAGCAAACCAGAUGGCCUCCACAUUGAACAUGUCAAACUUUGCCAAUAGAGAUAGCUUGCUUGGGCCAGAAAUUAAACCAGUUGAUGCUGUGAGCAGAACAACAGGUUUGGAUAACUAUGGAAUUGUUGGCCUGCAGCGACAAGUCAUGAGAGAGCAAGAUGAGGGCCUUGAGAAAUUGGAGGAGACAGUGAUAAGUACCAAACAUAUUGCAUUGGCGGUGAAUGAGGAACUUGACCUACACACUCGACUAAUCGACAACCUUGAUCAACAUGUGGAUGUUACAGACUCCCGAUUACAGAGGGUGCAGAAGAGGCUUGCAAUUCUGAAUAAACGUACCAAGGGCGGUUGCUCUUGCAUGUGCCUGUCUUUAUCAGUUGUUGGGAUAGUGAUUCUGGUUGUUGCUAUAUGGUUGCUGAUCAAAUAUUUGUAAUGCAAAUGACAACAUGUCUCCCUCGCGUUUGUGCGUCUUUGGGGUGGAAGUGACAUUUGUUAAUGUUAUUGUGAAAUUAUAUAUGUUUGGUUUCCUUGAAUUGUUCAGUGUCAUGCUUUGUUUGUGAAGUGAUCUGAUCUGCUGCUAAAACCUCCUGUCCUAUUGCUAUGGUGGACAUAGAGCGUUUCAAAGCAAGUGUUA